AUCUUGAUGUGGUGUGGGAUGAUAACAUCCACCGUGUCCUCGUGGGUCUGUGUCGAGGUCUCUCUGACCUGAUGGUUUAUUUAAAGGACUUUUAGAAUCCACUUCCUGUUUUGAUUCCAGUGUGAUGAUGAAGACUUCUUCACCUGUCAGCUCACUUUCUCUCUUUUUACUGCACUCACAAACCUUCUUUAGUUUCUCAUCUUUAGACUUCUUAAAGUCCUCUCCAACACAUCCGUACAAUAAAACUAGAAGCUGAGAGAUCAACCUGAACUUCCUGUUUGAUUUAGAAAGUCUUUGAAAACCUGAGAGCAGCUGACUGAAGUCAAACUCAUUUUAAAAACCAACAAAUAAAUGUUUACAUGAAGAACACGAGUUCAUCAACAGACGACUGUGUUUACUCUCUCUGUAAAAAAACACACACACACACACACACACACACACACACCAGCUGAUACCUGCGUGAUGCAGACGGGAUGAGAGUGAGCGGAGAAAAGACGAGGCAGCGUCUGAAACAAAGGAAGCGUACACAUUGAAAACCUGAAGAACUUAUUUUAUCAUGUUGUGCUUUAAGAACAAGAAGUAAUCAGUGGAUUGUUUGAUUACUUGAUGAUUAAUGUGACUUUUGAAAACAGAAUAUCAAGUCUUAGAUAAAGUCACAGCUUCCCUCCAUGUGUCUUUGUGUCUUCUGUGUUUCCUGCAGACGUCCAGCAGCUGUCGGUGGGUGAAGAAGAUCCUCAUGAGCAGCAGGAGGGGAGCUCCAGUCUGGACCAGGAGGACUCUGAGACUGUGCACAUUAAAGAGGAACAGGAGGAACUGUGGAGCAGUCAGGAGGGACUGGAGGAGGCUGAUAUCAAGUUCCCCUUCACUCCUGUCUCUGUGAAGAGUGAAGAUGAUGAAGAGAAACCUCAGUCCUCACAGCUUCAUCACAGACACACUGAAGAGAUGGAAACAGGAGCUGAUGGAGAGGACUGUGAUGAAAAUCAGUCAGAUUUGAACUCUGUGAAAAACAUCAAAGAUAAGAGACCACAGACUGAUAAGAAGUCACAUAGUUGCCCUCAGUGUGGUAAAACAUUCAAGAGGAAAUGGCAUCUGAACCAACAUAUUAGAAUCCAUACCGGAGAGAAACCGUUCAGCUGCUCUAAGUGCGGUAAAAGCUUCAAAAGAAAGUCUUGUCUGAUAGAUCACUUGGUAAAUCACGGAGAAGAGAAACCAUUUAGCUGCUCUGAGUGUGGUAAAAAAUUUACCCAAAAAAGAAAUAUGACAAUACACAUGCGAGUACACACUGCAGAGAAACCCUUCAGAUGCUCUGAGUGUGGUCAAAGCUUUAACUACAAGUCUGGUCUGACGGCUCAUAUGGCGCGUCAUGGAGGAGAGAAAGCAUUCUGCUGCUCUGAGUGUGGGAAAAAAUUCAAUUUCAAAGGAAAUCUGACUCAGCACAUGUUGGUUCACACAAGAGAGAAACCCUUCAGCUGCUCCGAGUGUGGUAAAAGAUUUACCCAAAAAGGAAGUUUAACUAUACACAUGAGAAUUCACACAGGAGAGAAACUAUUUAACUGCUCAAAAUGUUCCAAAGGAUUUAACCAAAAGACAUCUCUGACUGCUCACAUGGCCCAACACACAGGAGAAAAACUCUUCAGCUGCUCCGGGUGUGAGAAAGGAUUUAACCUCAAAGGCAAUCUGACCAUGCAUAUGAGAGUUCACACUAAAGAGAAAAGCCAGAGCGGCUCUCAGUUGGAUAAAAGAUCAAAACUGAAGUCUUGUCCGACACCUCACAUGGCUCAUCACAAAGGAGAGAAAUCCUUCAACUGCAAUGUUUGUGGACAGAGUUUCUUUUUGUUUACUCAGUUAAAAAGACACAGAUGUGUUGGCGAGCUGGCUUCAGAUUCUCAAGAAAACCAAACGUGGGAAAAAAGAGAGGAAGAUUGUGGAGUUGAUGAAGAAGGUUGUGGAUCACCACAGAAAGCCAGGACCUUAGAACCAGAAAACCAUAAACUACCAGAGACUGAGGUCAAGAUUGAAGACUCUUCUGAAGCUGAGACUGAUGACAGUGAUGACUGGAAGGAGACCAGAGAACAUCAGUCAGGUUCAAACUCUGGGAAAAAACAAAAAGAUAAGAGAACAAAGGCUGAUAAAAAAUCCCAUCGCUGCUCUCAUUGUGGUAAAACAUUCAAAAGGAAAGGACAUCUGACCACACACAUGAUCAUUCACACAGGAGAGAAACCUUUCAGCUGCCCUGAGUGUGGUAAACAAUUUCACCGCAAAGGGAGCAUGACCAGACAUAUGAUAAUUCACUCAGGAGAGAAACCCUACAGCUGCUCUGAGUGUGGUAAAAUUUUUAGCCAUAAAGAAAGUAUGUCUGCACACAUGAUAACUCACAGGGAAGAGAAACCAUUUAUCUGCACUCAGUGCGGGAAAGGGUUCAACUACAAGUCUUGUCUGACAGGUCACAUGGCAUAUCACACAGGAGAGAAACCCUUCGGAUGCUCUGAGUGUGGGAAAAGAUUUAACUUCAAAGGAAACCUGACUCAGCAUCUGUUAGUUCAUGCAGGAGAGAAACCCUUCAGUUGUUCAUACUGUGGUAAAUGUUUUAAACAAAAGUCUUGUCUGACAAUUCACAUGGCACAUCACAGAGGGGAGAAACCCUUCAGCUGCAACUUCUGUAAUCAAAGAUUCUGUUGGCCCUUUCAGCUUAAAAAACACAAGCGUGCAUGUGGUCAGACUCCAGAGCUUCAUCAAAACGAAGCUGAAGAGAAAAGAGACGACUGGCGGAGACCAGAAGAAUCCAGGCACACAGAUCCAGAGCGACGUCUACACCCAGAGAUCGAGGUGAAGAUGGAAGACUCUUCUGAACCUGAAGACCAGAGGAUCUCAGUCAAGUCUACAGUCUGAAAAACAUGUGGAGUCUCUGUCAGUGAUAUGAGAUGUUCUACUGCUUCUCUGUGUGAGCUGACCUUCUCAAGAAACAACAAGUCACAGGGGAGAGAAAGCUUUGAGUUUCUCUGCCCCCCCUCGUGUCCAUCCUGUGGCAAAGAGAACAGUUUGGACUUCCAGAUGAGGCCUCUGUCAAUCCUCUGUCAGGGGGGCAGGCCCACACACCCCUCUAUCAUGGGUCAAAGAAUCUCACAUUGGUCUAAACCAAACCUCCUGUUGACCUGGUUUUCUAACAGAUCCCUCUAAGACAUUCUAGGACUAACAUGAACCCUCUAAAGUGAGUCAGAUAGAAGACUUUAGACUUUGAAAACCAGGUCUGAAAGUGGACUCCUCAGACCUCAGCCCGGCCCUGGAGUCAGUCACAGGAAGUAAGAGUGAAGUCUCUGCGCCCCGGAGGUCUGCACAGCAGAGUGAUGAAUUUUACCACGGAGCAAGAGCGCCACCUAGAGCUCUUUGAACGUCACGCUGAUUCUUCAUAACUGGAAUAGUCAGAUCCUGGAGCUCUGAAGACCAGUCUCCUGGGAGUGCAGCAUCCAUCCAGACUCAGAAUGAAGAGAGUGAUCAUGUAACGAGAUGGGACAAACCUUCAGCUGUGGACAGACGCGUCCUUUAAAAAAGUGAAAUGUGGAUUUCUCUUUCUCCAUCAUGAGAUUAAAAUGCAG